GAUACCGUGAUUGUCAAUAAAAGAUUUAUGCUUACGCCAUAUUCCCUUUGUUAACCAAAUUUAGUUUUAUUGCACCGUCUUUUCACGCCAUUUAAAUUGAGGAGUUAUUUUUUCUCAAAAAAUUUAACAUUUCAAUGGAAUUUCUUACAAAAAAUUCUCUGAACCUAAACAGUGGAAGGGAAAUUAUUGCAAAAAAUUUUGCAAAUUGGAGUAGUGGGAAUAAAAUAAUUGAUAACCUCAUUCAAGAAAAGCAAUUAAAAUACGAUAAAUAUGACGUAGUGUUUGAAUGGAUACCAUACAUUAAACUUAUCGAUAUUAGAGAAAUAGGAAAUAACGGUUUAGCCACGGCAAUAUGGAAAGAAGGUUUAUUACAUUAUUGUAGACAUGAAUGGAUAAGAAUACCGUAUGAAAAGGUUGCAUUAAGAUUUCUAUAUGACUCUCAAAAUAUUUCUGACGAAUUUAUAAAUGAGGUCAAAUCAUAUGAUAGUUUGUUAUUUGAAGGUAUUUUAGAUAGUAAUUAUGGAUUAUCUCAAAAUCCAGAAACAAAAGAUUAUAUUUUGAUUUUUUCCCAAGAAUAUUUUAAACUAUGUUGUGGAAAAUGUGGUAAAAAAUACGAAAAUAGACAAAAUAGACGGAAUGAAUGGUGUAAAACAUGUCAAAUAAAUCAUUUAAAAAAUAAUUUUACAAACUGGACUAGUGGAAAUGAAAAAAUUGAUGAUUUCAUUCAAAAAAUGCAAUUAAAAAUUAAUAAAUUUAAUGAUGCUAUAUUUGAAUGGAUACCAUAUAAUGAGUAAAUCAAUGUUAAAGAAAUAGGAGAUAAUUGUCUGACUACAGCAAUAUGGAAGGAUGGUCCAUUAUAUUAUGACACUAGUAAAAAAGAAUGGAUAAGAGAAUCGCCACAUGAAAGAGUUUGUUUAAGAUAUCUACAUAAUUCACAAUAUGAGAUUGAAUCAUCUUUAUUAAAUUAUAUUUCAUCAAACUAUGAUUAUUCAAACGAUGAUUAU